UAACUAAUUACAAGUGCCAAUUGUUCUGACAUUCACAAAAGAAGCUCUGUCGGGUUGCAAUUGUGGUCAUGUAACUGAACACAGAACAAAACCCUACCCAACCCGCCCCUAUCCUGCAAAUACAGAUAAAGGAAAAAAAAAACAGAAACCAAUUUACAGUAAAAGUAACUAUAUAGUCCCUGCAUGCAUCUCUCAUAUGUUCAGGUGUACUUUUCUUCUUCUCCUUGUACAUUUCUCGUGACUAGGUUUAACGUGUGCUGCAUCCUCUUUUACUUCACCAGUUUUUGAAUAAAUCUGUAUAAAUGGUAUACUUUGUUUCCUCCUUCGAUUCUAGUGCUUCAUUUCACCAUUUACACUUCAGAGCCACAAAUGGGUUACAUGAUUUGAAGCCCAUCGUAGUUCAUUCAAAAUAAGGGACAAUAAAAAUGAGCUGAGAAAUCUGUGUAUACAUAACUUGCAUGUCUACUUAUGAAUAAUUUAGGCCCCAAAAAUGUAAGAAGUGCACUGGGUCAGCAGCCCUAGCAUAGAUGAAAAGGCUAGGGUUUUAAUGAACACAUCAAACAAACAUAAAUCCACUAUAAGCCUAGGGGAAUCAGGACCCUAAAGCAGUACAUACCAACUUAUAAUCAAACCCUGUCCCUGAAAAAUGUCAACACACCGUAACCAAAAAAAAAAAAAAGCAGUAUUACCAACUUAGAGUCCCGCAGAAGGAAAAUUAGGCGAAGAAACCUAACCAUGAUAUAAUGAAUUACCUUCUGUCUAGGGUUUUGGAACUAGCUAGGGUUUGUUGGUGUGGUGUUUCUGAGAACAGAUCUGAAUCUGGGUUGGCUGGUUGGGUUGGUUCGUGGAGCCAGCAACAGGUGAAACUGCCACAUGAUCUGAACUUUCCCUCAGGCUCAAGGGAAAGAGAGGAGAGAAAAGCUGAGAUCAUGCUGGCAGCUUCAACUGCUGAUAAUGGCGCACGCUGCAUCUCUGCUGAUGAAUGAAGGCGCUUUAGUUUCUGGGGUGAGGAGGAACAGAGAAGCUAGGGAGAGAGGUUGGUGUAUAAAUAGAGAGAGGAGGGAUAUUGGUUGGACUUGGACGAGAAUAUGGAUCUAUAAUAAUUACGAGAUGCAAAGCCAAACAAAAUGCAAGUAUACAAAAAUACAACGAUGAAACCGCCAGCACGGGAGAGAGGAACUAAGUGUGGUCCUGCAUGUAUGUAUGGAUGUAUGCAUAGCAGAGAGAGAGGGAGAUAGAGUUAUGCAAAUUGAAUAUUGUCACGCUCAAGUUCAGCGCAGAGACCCCAUCACUCAAAUAGACUAGAAAUUUGCACAUCGAUCAAGGGUUAUUGGGAUUCCAACAAAGACAUCUCGAUCACAUAAUGGUCUAAUACCAACAUAUCAAAAACGAGUCGAUCCAAAUUAAUAACUUGAAUUGUUGGUGGAAAUUCAAUCAUAGAUCAUAUACUAUUUACUAACCGCGCUUCAUAUUCUCGUUGACACACUAUCUCAUCAUACUUAUCUUUUGUUUCUAGACAGAUAUACACAAUAGAAAGGCUUAGCAAUCUCUCGAGUUUUCAAACCCCUUUUUAAUGAAUAGCAAACUCUAAACCAUGAGUUUUAUAAAAUAAAAAAAAAUUGUUCGCCGUUACCACUAUAAUUCAGUGCACAAGUUGAUAACAUAUUAUGCAAUGAAACGAUUGACCAACCUUCGCAUCAAGUGAACUAAAAUUGUGAAUAAUUCAGUGCACAAGUUGAUAACAUAUUAUGCAAUGAAACGAUUGACCAACCUUCGCAUCAAGUGAACUAAAAUUGUGAAUGACUAUUUGGUGGGACACAUUAAGUGUGAAAUGUUAAUAUUCUGGACGAUUCAUAUAGUUUAGAAUCAUUUUACUAUAUGAUAUAGGAGACUGCAUAUGUAAAUUUUUAUGGCACCCUCUUGAAUAAAAUCCUGGCUACGCCACUGCUUGUACCUCUAUGUUUACCCUGCGUCAAUUAUGUCUCAAAGUUUAAUUUCCGUUAACUUUGAUCGUUAGUAGUCAACCGUCAAAAUUUUGACCGACGAUGUGGUGUCUGACGAUGAUCUAGAAUGUUGUUAGGUUGCGUAAGUUAUUUGAUGAAGAUACAAUUUCCUAAUUCAGUCUAUUCCCUUACCUACUUUGGCAAACCCUGAUGAGCUGUUACGACACCAUGAGACAUCUAGUGUUUACAUUGUCAAGUCAGUUUAUCAUUUGCUUCUCAGUUUUGUCAGAGUCAAGAUGGGUACAUCAAACAAAGUGCCCGUCAUUGGGAUGUUGCGGUCUGGCCAAGAUGUUUGGGGGCUCAUGUUCCUCUCAAGUUCAAGUUUUUCCUAUGGCAGAUCCUGGGUAGAGUUCUGCCUAUGGGAGAGGCCUUGCCGACCUGUGGAGUGCAAGGUGUUGCCUUGUGUCAGACUUGCCUAGAUGAGGAGGAAACUCUGGAGCAUCUAUUCUUUCACUGCCUGUUGGCAAUGGACCUAUGGGUAGAUUCAGGGCUUUUUCCUCUUUGUGACACCUUUUCGGUGACUUGUGUUGAGUUAUUUUGGCGAAGGCUUUUAGAUCGACAGGAUUUUCUUCGAUGGACUUUAUGAAAUUGGUGCCUCUCUUUUAGCAUAUUUGGAAAGCAAUAAAUUGGUUUGUGUUUGAUUCCACCUUAUGUUCUACCUUGAUUUUUUGUCUCGGUUUUUCUCUCAAAAUGAUUCAAGUCAGGUUCAGGGUUCUUUAGCGCCCCCUCAACCCCCCCCACCCCCCAGGAUUGAGAAAGGAGAGGGGGUGAGAGGGGUGGAGGGUGUUCCACCCAGAGCUUUUUGGAUGUUAUUGGAUGGUGCGAUCCUAGGGUUCCCAUGGAGCCGAUUGAUGGGUUUUACAGGAUUCCUCAGGCACAGUGUUGGCAACAGGUGGUGCUAUGGAGGAUCAAUAUUUGGUGGAACUAUUAAUUGGUGCUGCGGGAUGCGAUUGCCAAUAACACCCAUAGCUUUUU